CCUUGAUAGGAGAAUAAUAGUGUCAACUGUCGAGGUCAAAUUUCCAAAACAAUGACAAAUAGUUUAUCAUUUUAUUUUAACUAAUAUUCUUAAAUAAAAAUAUAAGAACAUGGCCAGAUUUAAUUUGAAAGAUAGUGAUGAAUAUUACUUGACUCUCACCGAACAGCCCAAACGUUUUGACCCGGACUGCCCUGUGACAAAUGUAUUUUUUGACGACACUAAUGGACAGGUAUUCACAGUACGUUCGGGUGGAAUCGGAGGCGUAACCGUAAACAGUAUGGAUGAUAGAAAGUGUACAUCUUUCCAAAUGGAAGACAAAGGACCCAUAAUAUCAAUUAAAUUAUCACCCGACCAGAAAAUAUUGGCGAUACAACGUAAUCAUGAGAGUCAGAGUGCUGCAGUAGAAUUCGUGAACUUCAAGGACAUGUCACCUACUAAUGUAGAGUACUCUCACAGCUGUAAAUGGAAGAACGCAAAAAUAUUAGGCUUUGUUUGGCCUAAAGCAAACGAAAUUGCGUUCAUAACUGAUCACGGUAUUGAGCUGUUUCAAGUUUUACCUGAGAAAAAACAAUUGAAAAGUUUGAAGAAUACCACAUUUAGUGGUGCGUGGUUUUCGUGGUGUCCACAAAGCAAUAUAGUAUUGUUAGCUGGAAACAACGGAAUCCUCUUGCAGCCAUUUUACCUCAACAAUUCUACUAUAACAAAACUACAGAAGUUAGAGUUAGAUUCAAUGAGACCAGUGGUAGAAAGGGACGUCUUCCUGCUCUGCUUGUGCGACACGACAUGGUGCGCUGUGUUCAGGCACGGCGUAUCCGCUUCUGUUGCUGCCCCCGGGCCUACCGAGGUCUGGUUGAUGCCCAUUACGGGCCCCAGCGGCUUCCACUACACCCACAUCCUCAAGACUGGACUGGUCGGGAGAUUCGCUGUCAAUGUGGUCGAUGACUUGGUCGUAGUGCACCACCAGUCGACACAAACCUCACAAGUGUUCGACAUAAUGGAAGAGUCGAAGGUAGAGAACAGUAUCGCCGUUCACAUCCCGCUGGUGGCAGGAGCCAGCAUGCGACCGGCCCUCGUGGAGGGGCAGCCGUGUUCCAUGUAUUCGGGCACGUGGGUGGUGUUCCAACCCGACUACAUCAUAGACGCCAGGCUCGGCUGUCUGUGGCAGGUCCAGCUGCUGCCAGCGGGGCUAGCGCACUCGGUGCCAAAAGACGAGAUAUCGAAGAUAGUGGCCGCGCUGCUCCGUCGGACGGACGGCAGGGACACCAUCUACAGGAUCCUCCACCAGCUGAUCAGCGACGCGGGAGUCUACCUGGUGGAGCUGUCUAAGGUCUUUGACGAAAUCAAUUCUGUUUACAGGAAGUGGGCGGACCUGGAGGCGGCGCGGCACACAGCGGGGCAGGUGGCGCCGCGCCCCCGCGCCCCCGCCCCCGCCCGCGUGCUCGUGUCGCAGGCCGACGUGUGCGAGCAGCUGCUGCCCGCGCACUCGGACGACCGCCAUCUGGUGCAGGUGGUGACGGCGUACCUGGCGUCGCUGAGCCGGCAGGAGCUGGUGGUGCAGGCGGGCACGAGCGCGGCGGGAGUACGCGCGCUGGUGGCGCGGCGCGCGGGCGGGCGGCUGCGGGCGCUGGUGCGGCGCGCGGCGCUGGCCGACUCGCGCCCGCUCGCGUGCCAGCUGCUGUCCCUGCACCGCCUGCACGCCGCCGCCGCGCAGCUCGCGCUCGACAUGCUGUGGAGGCUCAAGGGACACGAGGAAGUGGUAGAAGUACUACUGAGUUGGGAGGAGCCUAUCAGCGCUGUGGGGGCAGCUAAGCAGGCAGGCGGUAACGUUUGGAACAAUCUACCAGCUAGGAAGCUCUUGGCAGGAGCCAAGAAUGACCCUUCUGCCUUCGUGGCGGUUUACCACGCCUUGCUCAACAGAAACGACAGGCUGAGGGGAUCGCCGCAUUUCUUGAAAGCUGAACAAUGCGACAUCUACGUUGAACACUAUAAGAAAUUGACUUCGGAACAAUGAUUUCGAUUAUUAAUUUUAAUAAAUGGAUAAUGUAUGUAUUUGAAAAUAGCUUUUAAUGGAUCUGUGAUGUUUGACGAUUUUUUCUAUAGUGUAUGAGUUUACAUAACUGUAUAUAAAAUGAUGUGUAGUUAAAAUUAUAUUUUGUUAUGAAUGUAAUCUUGUAAUAAAUUGUUAUUAUCGGUUGUUUGUUCCGUAAAAAUUAUUCCAGAUGAUGAAAUUAAAUCAAUGUACAAUCAA